UAUGCUUGUCUUUUGGUGCUCUCUUGGAUUGCAAUAACUGUGAUCGUUGUAAAUUCAGAGAGAUUGAGGUUAUGCGCCCAUGAGGUGCGAAAGUGCUUUUGUAAACAAAGAGGAAAAUCCGUGAAAAUGCUGCAAAUUGCAAGAAGAAUAGUGAGAUUUUCACCCAAAAGGUGUCUCAGUUCCAGAUCAACAUUUCCACGAUGUUUAACAAAGUCGCCAAAUGCAGGAAGUUUUGCGGCGAAGAUUCACACAACUUCUCUCGUCUGCAGUCAGUCUGAGAGGGAUUUCCUGAUGGCACAGAACAAUCCGGACGUUUUUGGUCCGCCCACGUUGACAGAGACUGACGAGGACUUCGAGGAGCCCGGAGACAUUGCGGAGCACCAGAGGAUUCUGGAGAAGCCGAACAGACAUCAUCAAUUGAGCACGAAGCAGUAUGCAGACCUCAUAAAGUCGCACAUCAAAAACAGAAGGAUUAAGGAGGCGAUCGAUGUCGUGGAGGAGCGGAUGAUCAAGGAAGACAAGGUGAAGCCAGAGAAUUACAUUUACAAUCUCUUGAUUGGCGCCUGCGGACGCCUCGGCUACACGCACAAAGCCUUUCAUCUGUACAACCGGAUGAAGCAGAGGGACCUCAAAGUCACCGGAGGAACCUACACGGGACUGUUCAACGCCUGCGCCAUGUCUCCCUGGCCUGCAGACGGCCUCAAGAGGGCGAAUCGCUUGAGGGAUUUGAUGCUGCAGAAAGGAUACGAGCCCAAUGUGACAAACUACAACGCCAUGAUCAAAGCUUACGGGCGCUGCGGAGACAUCGUGACGGCCUUUCAGUUGGUGGACGAGAUGAGGAACAAGAAGCUGAACGUCGAUGUCAUCACCAUGAACUUCCUCCUUCAGUCGUGCAUCACAGACAAGGAGUUGGGCUUCCGCCAUGCACUUCUGCUGUGGCACAAGAUGCGCAGCAAGAGGCUCAUUCCAGACGCUUUCUCCUUCAAUCUCCUGCUUCGGUGCGUUCGGGAUUGUGGCCUGGGCGACCUGGAAGCCACUGAGGCAGUGAUUCAGCAGAUUCUGGCGCAAUCUAUGGCCGCGAAGCAAAAACGUCUGAGCAGUGCAGAGGAGGAUGUCGAGAAAGGCACAGAACUCACUACAGAAGCUGACAAUGCUGGAACGCCUCCCAAUCUGAUCUGUCUCAGGCCUCACCUGGGCAGUUUGGUGUCUCUGGGCGAGGUGACAAAGGCACAAGACAGAUUGCUUCUGCUCGGCGGAAUAUCGGGAUUUAUCGAGGAGAUGCGCACCUGCAAAGUCACACCAGACAUCAAGACCUUCACGGAACUCAUCGAGGUGAUUCCCUCGACGGAGACGGCUGAGAAGCUCCUGCUGAGAUUCAUGAAGCAAGAGAACGUCCUGGCGGACAUUGACUUCUUCAACGUCUUGAUCAAGAAGCGCAGCAUGAGGUUCGAUUACGCGGGCGCCAAGGAUGUUCUGGGCAUGAUUCACACUGCCAAACUCCUGCCGGACAUCGUGACUUAUGGCGUGAUGGCGCUGGGAUGCAAAACCCAGGCGGAAGCCGAGGAACUGCUGAUGGUGAUGAAGAAGAACGAGAUCCGCCUGAAUGCAGCCAUUCUAGGGGCGAUGCUGAAGCAAGGAUGCUCCAAAUACAACUUCAGCUACGUAAUGUACGUGAUGGACUUGUGCGAAUGGGAGCAAGUGAAGCCCAACAUGCAAUUUGUGCGGCAUCUUCUGGAGUUCAACCAGAAGUGCAGUCAGUGGAAGAAGCAUGGCAGUCCCCACAAGAGCAUAAGAUAUUUCACCAGGGAUUUGAAGCUGUUCCAGAAGAAGUUCGAUCAAUGGAAGACGACAAAUGGGCUGGACAACAAGUCAAAUGCGGAUAUUUUGAGGCAAUAUCAGGAGCAUCCCUAUGCGCACUUUAAGACAAAUCAGCCAGGAGGGUACGAGGAGGAGAAGAACCCCAAACUGAAGCAUGAGAAGAAGCUCUUCCGGGAACUGAAAGAGCUGAGAGUGUAAUUUCGGUUAUUUCAAAUUUUAUAGCAACCCAGAGAAAUGUCAAUAAGAAAAUAAUCAGAAAACGCGUCGUGUUUUUGUAUUC